AUGGGCUUUGCAGGCGCAUUCCGUUACCGUGUCCUCGUCGGGAUGAAGGGCAUCCCCUCCCAUGCAAGGUCUGCGGCGACGGCGCAUGCCAUCUUGGGUUCCGCCAGUGCCAAGAUGGAUAUUGCCAACCCCGACGCUCUGGUCGAUCCGGACGACGAGCGCGAACUUUUCGUGGCAGCCUGGUGUGCUCAUCAUGAUCUUGUGCUAGAUGAGAUGAUUAUGGCGGUGCCGGAGCCGGAGGAGGAGCACGACGGUAGCUCACCGUUGUACCUCAGGCCCCAUGAAAUCAUCCACGACAAGGUCCCAGCUCUCAGAUACCUUGUUCGCCUGCGGAUCAUCGAGUUUCAGGAUUGGCAUACCCCGCCAACGUCGUCGGAUGAGUGGAUGGGUGCCGAUGACAGUGAUGACAGUGGUGAUAGUAAUUUUAACGGCUACCAUCCAGGGGCGGCGGCGACACAAGGCCGCGGACAACCAGGUUCGGCGACGCCGCUGAGCCGCGGCUUGGGCCUGGGUCGCGGUCGGCCUUUCGGGCGCGUUAGUCGAGGCCGUCAGUUAUCGUUGGUGAUUUGA